CAGUGGGAUAAGCACCAGUACUCAGAUAACACCAAGUGCUUGAUGCUGUGCGUUCAUUGAGAUAGCACCCGUUUCAAUGAUAAUGACAGUGUCUAUAAUCUGAUGGCAGCAUCAUCUUCACCUUUGCUACCAUCCUCCUUUGACCCUGCCCUCCACCUACACUCAGAAACACCAGACAUCGAUCUAUUGAACGAUUGCCCAUCUGAGACUUUCGACGACGACAUCGAGGCAUUACAUCUCCAACGGCAGGAGAAUCUUCGCAAGGGAAUCAUUAUCCAGCACCGUGCGUGGAAUCUGUCUGAUGUUUUCCGGAGCGACGAGGAUCUAAGACUUGAUACUCCAACAAAGCCUCAAACAUUGCAAGAGAACGGUGAAUUGGAUUUUCUUAUUCGGUCAGAUCUCGUUUUACCUUCCUCUCCUCCUACCGUCAAGAUGCCCUUCAUAUCCUCGACAACGGGUCCCCUUCCCGCCUCAUCCCCGGGGCUCGAGGCGCAGAAGAGAAAGAUUGGGGAACCAGAAAUUCCCACGGAACCCAAGAGACUGAAAACAAUUGGUGGUUUCGUGGAAGAUGAUGAUGAGGAUGAUAUGGAUGCUUUCAGGGAUGCGAAUUUCCAGAGCGACUUUGCCAUCCAGGAGCCCGCGCCAGAACUACUACUCCCUCCGUCUCAAGCAAGCUCACUCCCAGCGGCUACGUCGAGCACGGAGAUCCCAGUCGUGACCAGCUCGGUCUCGAGUCUCCCAUUACAUAGCGGCCCGACCACGUCCACGCAAAUCGAGACCAAAUUCUCCAUCAAGACCUGUUCCGGGAAGACACACAACGUUCGCGUGAAAAAUACUACAGCUCCCAUUUCCUAUGAAAGGCUCGUUGCGGAGCGAUCAACUACUAGCCGAUCUGGAGCCCAAAAGAGCUACUAUGGCAUCGAAAUUCACAAGCUUAUGGACGAUGCUGCAAGGGAAACGAAAGAGGAAGGCGAACGCCGCGCACAACCAUCUACAGCAGUAAAGCCAUCAGUUGAGGCGCCUUCAGUGAGCACCAACGGCAAGAAAAACGUCAGCCCCCUAUGGACUGAGAAGUACCGCGCGCGCAAAUUUACAGAUCUCAUCGGAGAUGAACGCACACAUAGAUCGGUAUUGCGCUGGCUCAAAGGAUGGGACCCGAUUGUCUUUCCUAAUCUGGCCAGGGCUAAAGCAAAAAAAUUAAAGAACGAUGAACAACAGGAGGUUUUCCACCGCAAAGUCUUACUUUUGACCGGUCCUCCAGGUCUCGGCAAGACGACUCUGGCUCAUGUGUGCGCGAGACAAGCAGGUUAUGAAGUUCUCGAGAUCAAUGCUAGUGAUGAGCGCAGUAAGGAUGUUGUCAAGGGCCGCAUCCGGGAUGCUGUGGGAACAGAGAACGUGAAGAGUGUCAACGUCGAAGCGAAUGGCACCACCAUUCGCAAGCAAGGACGACCGGUGUGUGUCGUUGUUGAUGAAGUGGAUGGAGUUGUUAGCGGUUCUGGCGGCAGUGGAGAAGGAGGCUUUAUGAAAGCACUGAUCGAACUCGUCCAGCUGGACCAGAAGAACUCUACUUACAGUGGAGAACAGUCUACCACGAGAAGGAAGAAGGUUGACAAGUUCCGUCUUAUGCGGCCUCUGAUCCUCAUUUGCAAUGAUGUUUACCACCCAAGCCUUCGACCACUUAGAGCGUCCACGGUUGCUGAGAUCAUUCACAUCCGGCAGGCACCAUUGGAAAAUGUGGUGCAACGAAUGAAGACCAUCUUCGCGAAGGAGGGGAUCCCAUGUGACGGAGACGGCGUAAGGCGACUAUGUGAAACCUCCUGGGGAAUAGCAAGUCGGAAAGAAGGGCGUUCAGCUCGGGGAGUUGGCGAGGGUGAUAUACGCAGCGUCCUUGUGGCAGCCGAAUGGAUCGCCCAUAAGCUGAGGGACGCAGGUGGUGAAACGCCCCUGAAACUGAGCCGAUCCUGGUUCGAUCAGACUCUGAUCGAAGAUUCUCGGAAGGAAGGCUCUUCGUUAAGAGGCCUAGGCCGAGGUGGAGUACGUGAGAUUGUCGAUCGGAUCUUCGUUCAUGGAGCAGGCUUUCCUGAUGCACCUACGGGUGCGGACACCUUCCGUGAUCCUUUCUCUAAAGGGCCUGGAAAGACUCCUGUGGGAGUUGCAGACAUCCGUAAGCGCCAUGCGAUCAAUCGCCUGCGGGAGAUGGUGGAUGCCAGCAGCGAAUAUGACCGUUGUGUGUCCGAGUGUUUUGCGUCUUAUCCUACACGAACUUUCCAGGACGACACAUUCCUCUCGAAACCGAAUGCUGCUUAUGAAUGGCUCCAUUUCCAUGACGCGAUAUCCUCUCGGGUGUUUUCUAACCAGGAUUGGGAGCUCAACCCUUAUCUCAGCCAGCCUCUAUUAGCUUUCCACCAUCUCUUCGCAUCGAGCAACGGGGGUGUCGUCAGCAAGGAGCUAUUAGGCAACGAUGAGGAUGAAGAAGAACAUCCAUUCUCUGGCCCCAAAGCCGAUUUUGCAGCCUUUGAGGCCUUGAAGCAGAAUCAAGCAAUACUACAAGGAUUCCAGUCCUCCUUUUCUCCAGCCCUGCUCAGGCUGUUUCGAUCCAUGGAAUCUUUAGCAACGGAUCUGGUUCCCAACCUUCUCCGGAUGUUAUCGCCUGAUGUGAAGCCGGUCGUGGUGCGAGGCCAAGGGGAGCAGAAGAGCAUGGCUAGUGUUCGAAAAGAGAGCGAGCGCGCUCUUGUACGGUCAGCCACUCGAGUUAUGGCCGGUGUGGGUAUUACAUUUGAGAAGGCCAGAGUGGAAAACGAAGGCGGGGCUCAUGGCGGAUGGAUCUACAGAAUGGAGCCGCCUCUGGACGUACUCACGUCAUUUUCCAAGAUCAAAGGAACCUCGAUAGCUUCUGGAGGUUCUGCUCCCGUGCGUUAUGCCGUUCGACAGGUUCUCGAUCAAGAAUACCGCAAGGAGACGAUGCGCAAGCAGUCAGAGGCAUCUCAACUCAAGUACACCAAACCCGGUCGGAAGUCGCGCGAUGAGGAAGAGGACAAGGAGAAUGCGAAGUCCGGAAGAAAUUCCGGUGCUAAGCGUGACUUCUUUGGCCGAAUCAUCGAGGAGCCAGUCCCUGGACCAACCAACCGCAAGGAUUCUGGAGAACACAAGGAAACGAAGCAAACAGGGAGCAAGGUGUGGGUUACGUUUCACGAAGGUUUCUCCAACGCUGUGCGUAAACCGAUCUCGAUGAGCGAGCUGCUCAGCGGGUUGUGAGGCAAAGAUCGUCACUGUUGAACUUAUAUGAUUAUGAUACCAAUUGUCUUUAUAGAUGUAAUAUGCAUAGCGGUGGAUGAUAUAGGUAGUUAUAGUAAUUGGUUUUACUGCGAAUACCAGAAGUUAC